UAUUGUUGAUUUUCACUCGCUGUCAACUCGUUCUGCCCUCGGACUCGAAUCACGUCAUCGAUUUUUCUCCAUGGUCCGACGAAGUCAGGACAACUGAAAAGCGGAAAUAGGCAUUUUCCUUUCGGUCAGGAUUGCUGCUUUUACUCGGUCGAAAGCUAAGCUACCAAAAGAGAGCAACGAUGGCUGCCUGGGAGAUUCACGACGAUAUGAACCUCUAUAUCACGGCUGACAAGUUCUAUAUCGAACCAAACGGAAAGAGUGAGGUACUGAUCAUAGACCGAAUCAGCCGGGAAACGUCUCUACAAGUCAAGACAAACCAGCUUCCCCAUGGCAUUCAAAUUCGAAAAAUAUGCGGCAUCCUGGGGGUGAUCAAACUGAUCAGCGGAUUCCACCUGAUCGUGAUGACCCACCGGAUAUUCGUUGGCAUCGUGAACGCACAGGUCAUCUGGCGACUGGCUGGAUUCGACAUCAUUCCAUUUGUUCCCUCGUUGACACAUUUGAGCGAUACUCAGAAAGUUCAAAACAGCGUCUAUGUGGCGAUGCUGCGGCAGGUACUGGACACUCCGUACUACUAUUUCUCCUAUACGUACGACAUCACACACACGCUGCAGCGUUUGCACUCGAUGCCUCCGGAUUUCCUGCAUACCGGACUGUACGAGCGAGCGGAUUUGCGCUUCGUUUGGAAUGGAUAUCUGCUGAAGCAUUUCCACCGGCCCGAACUCAGGCAGUACUGUUUGCCCAUCAUUCUUGGCUUCAUCUCGAUCAACGACGUAAUGGUGAACGGUCACACCUUCCAGUGGAUUUUGGUAUCGCGCCGGUCGGUGCACCGUGCCGGGACCCGCCUGUUCUGCCGAGGUAUCGACCAGACGGGAAACGUUGCCAAUUACGUCGAAACCGAGCAGAUCAUUGAUGUCCGCGGAGAUAAAGUUUCCUUCGUGCAGACACGGGGCAGCAUUCCGCUCUUCUGGCGCCAGACACCGAAUUUAAAGUACAAACCACCGCCGGAGUUGGUACCGGGUCGGGAUCACCUGAUUGCCUGCUCGAAACAUUUUGACGUACAGCUGAUUCAUUAUGGCCGGCAGGUGCUUGUCAACCUGAUUGAUCAUCGUGGUGCGGAGGACGUCCUCGAGAAAGCAUUUGCGACAACGAUUUCGACCCUAGGUAACCAAAAUGUUCGCUACGAGUCGUACGACUUUCAUGCCGAGUGUCGCAAGAUGCGCUACGACCGGUUGAAUAUUUUGAUCGCCCGCCUGGCUCACGAGCAGGACGAAUUUAGUGUGUUCCACCUGCGGAGGGAUGGAACGCUGCUAUCCUCACAGGAUGGCGUCUUCCGCACGAACUGCAUCGACUGUCUCGACAGGACGAACGUCGUUCAGAGUAUGCUGGCCAAGCGUAGCUUGGAGCAGAGCCUGAUGAGGCUCGGCGUUUUGACCAGCGGUCAACGCAUCGAUCCCAACUCAGCUUUUGAGUGGCUUUUCAAAGGGGUUUGGGCGGACAACGCCGAUUUGGUGUCGACCCAGUACAGUGGCACGGGUGCACUGAAGACGGACUUUACCCGCACCGGGAAGCGAACCAAAAUGGGCCUGAUUCGGGAUGGUAUAAAUUCGUUAACGCGAUAUUAUAAGAACAAUUUUAAUGACGGCGUCCGGCAGGACGCAAUCGAUUUGUUCCUUGGAAACUACAUUGUACAGGACGGUGAAGGAUUAACCGUUCCGUGUCCGUUGGUCAUUCAGAAGGGCUGGAAGUACGGAACAUUCCCGGUGGUGCUACUGUUCGCGUUCGCCAUGUUCUUCGCGUCCGCCGUUUAUCCCCAAGAAUACAACACAGAAAACUUGCUGUUCAUUCUGUUCUGGGGCUCGAUGGUCGGUGUCACCGGGGCCGGUAUACUGAAGUACGGUGUUGAAUUCGUGGAUUGGCCCAAACUGCUACCGGCAACGCGCUCCAAGAUGGAUGCCUGACGGCGAUAGAUUGGCGCUGUACGCGCUUUUGUAAAUAAGUAGGAGAAGGUUCAUGGUUUGUAGUUCUGGAGGUGACAGCACCGGUUAGAAUUUUCCAUUCCCAAGCAAAAUACCAACAAAGAUAGUAGUAACCCCAGCACCAGCAUUCUUUUGCACAUACGUGAUUCCGCCCUGUGAAGUUUGCUGUUAGAUGUUUUAGCAGCGGUAGGUCAAGGUUUUUUUUUCGGUAGGCAACUAUUUAAAUUUCUGCUCGAAUCGAAUAAAUAAUCGGUUAGUUGAAGUUUCGCUA